AUGUCUGAAGCAGCCACCAAGAAGCUCCUGGAAGAGAUCGCGCGUCUUGAGGUCGACCUCGUGACACUUCAAGCCUCCUGCACCACGUCCGAAGCGGCUACAAAGAUCGCCGAGUUCUGCAAGAGAACUGCAGACCCGUUUCUUGGAGAAAAUGAAGGCAGUCCGAACCCAUGGCACCAGAGCUACCAGAGCAAUGGCGGUUGCAGUAUCCUGUAG